GAGAGGCUGUCACGGUGAAAAGACCAGUAUGGUGAAAAACGUAGUGUGAAAAUCUUUUUGUUUGUGCUUGUGAAAGUGUGUUAUUUUGUUUUACUGGUAAACAGCCUCGCCAUCCAGUUUUAGUUGGGGAUGGAGAAAAAGUUUUAGUUUACACUCGAAGUGAAGUUAAGCGCUUGUUUUAUUUUGUCUUUUAUUUCUGUAAUAAAUUUUAAAAAACACACAAAAGUGCUUAAAACACCUCAAUCUUGUGCCUGGGUCUUGUGCAAAAGGGCUAUCGACCCUUAAAACAAGUCAAAUCUUUUACAAUGUAUUGUUUUCUCAGUAUAUUCUCGUGUGUUUUGGUUGCUGCUGUUAUCUAAUCAACACAUCAAUAACCUGAUUAAAUUCCAGCCCUUAUUUGAUAGCAGUCAAUUCCAUAGACAUGCUGAUGGAAAGGAAUAUAAAAAGCAAUCCCAUCAAAUAUUUGACACUCUCUCAGAUUGUUAUCUCAGCUGAGAAACAGGCUCCACCCAGCUCAGCACCUGGAGUCAUUAAAGAGAAGGGCUGCCCCAUAGAGAGACUGGAGCCAUCAACGCCACUGGAGCACAGGCACCACAGCAGCCAGGCGAGGGGCCCACAGCAGCAGGUAAAUAUCCUGGAGAAAAAGAAAGAAAGAAAGAAAGAAAGAAAGAAAGAAAGAAAGAAAGAAAGAAAGAAAGAAAGAAGCAAACAAGAAAGCAAGCAUUUCACAUUUAUGAAACUCAAGGCAACAAAAGUCAGCAGAAUGCGGCCGGUGAACCACAGCAAUCUCCAGUGGGACUUUCUGCACAUUAACAGCAGCAGCAGCAGCCUGCAGUCAUCCAGCACAAACCCCCAGAAGAAUGCAGAGUGGUACGUCAUCAUAGUGAUCGGCUUCUUCGGGUUCAUGCUCUUCUCAAUGAUGGUCAGCAACCUCUCCCACAACAGGAGGCUCAACCAGAAAGACUUCAACAGACGCUACGGCCUGAAGGAGGCCAAAGAAAGCAGCUGGAACCUGGAGCUCCUCCGCCGCCUGUGGAAGAGUCUGUGCUCCAAGCCCAAACCCGUCAUUGAGAAGCCCAGUGACGGAGAGGGCAUAGCGAACGCUGCAUUCACACCAUAGGGAAAUAGCUGCUAACGCAAGCAAGGGAAUCCAUUCCUGGCUUUGCUAGGAGUUUCAUUUCGAAACCUUACGGAUAAGAGGCUAAACCCUCUAGAACUGCUUGUGCAAAGCAGCCGGCCUUUGUUGGGAAGCAAUUAAGCUGUUGGCUUGCGCUGUGCAUAGUGGCUGGUUUGCACAUGCAAUUGAUUAUCAUUUGUAUAAUACAUUAAAAAAACAGCUUACAAAGACAAGCCCUUUUGUGCUGUGGGGGCAUACAAUCAUCAGACAGCUUCAAUGAUUUAAGCAAAAAUAAACACAACAACCUGCUUUUUUUAUUAAAUAUUAUUUAUUGUACUACUGUGAGUGACGAGUCAAGGAACUGAUGUCAUUUUAAUUGUCAAAAAGCAUAUAGAAAGUUUUUAAAACUGUUUUCAAGUGUAUCCAGCAGCUGCCUUGAAUAUGUUAAUAAUAAUAAUAAUAAUAAUAAUAAUAAUAAUAAUAAUAAAUAUUGUGAUUAAACCUGUGCUAAGUUUUGUGAA